AAUUUUCCUUCUGUCUUCAACUUGAUAUCAGGUUAUGUAUAUAGUGUGUAGAUGCCGAAUGCUUGUUGGUAUUUCGCGAUGGUUCAGACGGUGCCUGUUUUGUUCCUCCUCCUGCUCCAGCUUGGCAUGUUCGCUAACUGCCGAUCUCGAGACAACAACAACAACAACAGCCAGCUUUCCACUCCAUCAACGAAGCAGGCAGCUCAUCCGGUCCUCGUUCCCAUCUGUUGAUGCGCACCAUCUAGAGGGGCUCCGCUAUAUCAUCUCAUUCGUCAAUAUGUUGGUCUCCCUGACCGUUGGAAAGGUCGAUGCUGGGGUCGCCGUCCUCUUGACCCAGGAUAAUCGACUCAUCGAAUUCCCCUCUGUCCUUCUCCCCAAAAAUAUUACCUCUGGCAGCAUCGUUGAUAUCACCGUAUCGCGCAACCAUAUCGCAGAAACGGCCAGCGCAACCGCCUUCCAGAGCCUCCAGAAACGCAUCCUCAACACCUACGGCAUCAAGACCCCCUCCCCCCCGGUGCUUCGUCUCCGCAACGCUACACAAACCUCCCUCGUGCUCGAAUGGGACCCCAUCGACCUAGCCACCGCGUCUCUGAAGUCCCUUUCCCUUUACCGCAAUGGCUCCAAAGCUGGCUCAAUACCCCGCCCCCUCGAGACUAGUAGCACCAAGAUUAGUGGUCUGGCCAUUCACAAUGAAUACUCAUUCCACCUGGUUCUCCGCACUACCGCAGGCACCUAUCAGUCGGAGAAAUUGACCUGCAGGACGCACAAGAUGACAGACCUGUCGGGUAUCACCGUUACAACGGGAGUCCUACAUGCCCAGCGAAAGGAAGCCCUGGCUGCUGCGCUGGAUCGCAUUGGCGGAAAGUUGAUUGACUCGGUCCGAAUCGACACAACGCAUUUUGUCUGCUCCGAGGGCAGAGGUCCACUCUGGGAAAAAGCGGUUGAGAUGAACAUCCCCGUGGUGGUGCCCGAAUGGGUGGAUGCCUGUGAGGCCGAGGGUACGAUCGUCAGUGUUCGAGGCUACUAUCUCAACGCGGAUCCCAAGGCCAGACACCUCGGCCCCAUCCACGGAACAACACAGCACCAGCGCACCACGUCCUCUGCCACCUCCACGCUGCACCGGCCCCAGUCCCAAUCGUCCUUGGCUUUUAAACACCUUAAAGCGGAAGAGAAAGAUCAGAAUACCCCCGAACCUCCGUUGACUCCUUUCCCUGGAGGAGAUAUGAACGGCCAACCCAAGGCGCAAGAGGAUGAUAGGGUCUCUUCAGAGAAUGCGGAGUCACCACCAUCUCUCCGGCCUCCGAAGCAUGAGGAGAGCUCAGCCAAGGAGACAUCCCCGGAGAGUCCCGCUGCGCCAGACGGGGAGUCCACGUCAGAAACAGCAUCCCAGCCCGACGAAGAGAAGAAAGAGAGCGAAUUCGAAAGCGCUUCGGGGAGCACACAUGAGCUGCCUGACGAGCAGGAAAAGGAAUCGCCUGAGCAUGAACCUGUAGACAAGGGCAAGGCAAAGGAUAAUGGGGAAUCAGAUUUUAAUGAGGUGCCUCUUUAAUUAAUGUCUAGCGUUUGAGUACUGUAUAUUUUGCCUAGUAUGAUUCUUGUCGGGGGCUUCGGUUGAAUGAACUGGAUUGCUUCUAUUCUUUAUCAUGUCAUUAUGUAUUCUUCAUUCACCCUUUAUUUUCUUUCUUUUUUCUUUUAACUAUUCUUCCCAAUUUUUCUUUCCUCUAUCCCCACUAUGACUAUCAUUCUGUAUAGUAUAACUAUAGGUUAGAUCGUUGUCUUUAAUAUCAAUG